AGCGGAACCGGAAGUGCGGGAAGGAACGGGCGGAAGGGAGGGAGGAGCCUCCUGGCACUGGAUUGAAGGUGUGGGGCGUCUCUUCCCUUUGCCUCGAUUUGAAUUCCAGAAUGGCUUCUACUAAUGACGUGGUUCAGAAUUAUCAGAGUAUGUUUGCUUAUCGAUACACUACAGAGGAUAAGGAAUACCAAAAAUACCUCCAGAGUUCUGCCAAUCCACCUCCUAUAAUUGAAGACUGGAUGAACAGAGAACCAAGUGCACCCUCUGUGUCGGAGAUCCUCCAGAAGUACGAAAAUAAGUUUGCCCAUCGAUUCACUUCCGAAGAUGAGGAGUACCAGAAGUAUGUUCAACGCCCUGCUGAUCCGCCUCCCUUACUAGAAGACUGGCGAAACAGAUCGGGUGGUAACCGGCGUUACAGAGAUCGAGCCCCUUAUUCUCCAAAACAUCUCAGCCAGUACAUCUGUACAUAA